UAAACUCCUAAUCGAAAAUUUGAACAUAUGAUAUGCAUGAAUUUUUGUUUUUGUAUUUUAUUACUUCACAUAAAAGACCAUAUGAUUUAUUAAUUCCGGCAAGACGUAGCAAAAAUUUUGCGGCAUAAAAAUCCUUGAAAAGUAGGUAAAGUUUUAUUAUGCAUUCAACGCAAAUAACAAUAUUUGCGUGCGGCACUCAAUACUUUUAAUUAAAUCGAAUUAUUUCGAUUCCCCUGUAAAUGUUAUACCCUUUGAUUCAAAAAUAAAAAUCUCCAUUCUAAUCACGAAAUAUUAUGUGUUUAAAAUAUACCGUAAACCCUGCUAUCAUCCACGUUGCAUUAUGUAUUUAAGAGAACAACACUGUUCAUUCUUUAUCAGAACAAGGGGAACUCCCAAGUUAUUCUCAUAUAACAUAACUGGUACAGGUGACAUAACCACGUAUUUCAAUAUAUUUUAAUUACUGUAAUUCUCUGCACACAUAACUGUGUGUUUGAAUAAAUAGAUAACAUAAAUAGACGAAUUUUCAAGUUUUUUCUCUAUAUUCUUGAAUACGUCCACGUCUGCUCUAUAGAAACUUACGCAAUAAAGGCAACAAAUAAAUAAAAUUAAAAUUGCUGUUUAUUUGCAUUGUCGGAAGCACCUUCAAUUUUGUGUCCUAUUUGCACCAAAAAUUUCCAAACAUCGGACACGAUCUACAACACCAGCUGCGGCCACGUAUUCCAUCAUAAUUGCAUUCAAGAUUGGCGUGGAAGUUACAGAUCUACCGAAUGUCCAGUGUGCCGCGCUCGCUAUGCGAACAUGCAAAAACUAUUCCUCAAUUGAUGAGAAGGCAGGCGGUGAAACGGUGAAGAACGAAUUGCAAGCUAAACUGGAAAGUUAUAAAACUGGAAAUGAAAAACUUAGCGACCAAUUAAAUGAAACUAAAUUUUGCUUAUUGGACAUGCAAGAGCGGUACACCUUAGCUUUUGAAGAGAUUAAUCUCUUAAAAGGCCAGCUCUCUAAACGCAAUGACAGUGAGAAUAAUUUCAUGGCCUUACAAAAGCAAUAUACCGAAGCCGAGGAUAUUAUCAAAAAUUUGAAAGACAAAAACCAAUAUUUGUUGUUGCAAUGUGAAGAAAAAAACAAAGAAAUUCAACUAAAGACUUUAGAAAUUUCUACUCUUAAAGAUACUAUGGGGUGUAUGGAGACGUCAGUAGGUGGAUCGGAUUCGAUAUUAAAGCAACAAUUAAAAAUUAUGGAACAAAAGUUGAGGCACAUCACCGGAGAAUUGCAGAAGGAAAUAUCAAUUUCGAUGCAACUUUCUAUUGACAAAAUGAGAUUGCAAAGUCUGGUCGAUCAGUAUGGCGCUACU